UGUAGAAGGCUGUGGAAGGCAGAGCUCCAAGGUUAGAGCGCAGAUCUCAUCGCAACGCUUUCGCAUUGGAAAAGGAGAAACCACCCAGCUGAGUCCCUGUUUGGAGCAACGCAACUCGCAUCCCCAAAGCGUUUUCUUCCCGUCAGUCCUGUAACCUGCCUUUCACCUCAAAACUCGUUACCACUCAGACAUGGCUGCUCAGUGUGUAACGAAAGUGGAGCUGACUGUGUCCUGUGAGAAUCUCCUGGACAAAGACAUCGGCUCCAAGUCAGACCCUCUGUGUGUCCUGUUAACGAGCAGCCCUGACUCCCAGUGGUAUGAGCUGGAACGCACAGAGAAAGUCCAGAAUUGCCUCAACCCAAAGUUUGCAAAGAAGUUUGUCAUCGACUACUACUUUGAAAUGGUGCAGAAACUGAGGUUUGGGAUUUAUGACAUUGACAACAAAACGAUUGACCUGAGUGACGAUGACUUCCUGGGGCAACUGGAGUGCACCUUGGGACAGAUUGUGUCCAGUAAAAAACUGACUCGCCCGCUUGUGUUGAAGAACAACUCGCCUGCAGGAAAAGGGACCAUCACAAUCAGUGCAGAAGAAAUAAAAGAUAACAGGGUGGUGAAUUUUGAAGUUGAAGCAAGGAAACUGGAUAACAAGGAUUUCUUUGGGAAGUCCGACCCUUACCUGGAAUUCUAUAAGCAGACAGAAACUGGGUGGCAGCUGGCUCACAGGACAGAGGUGGUGAAGAACAACUUGAAUCCAACAUGGAGACCCUUUCGGAUCCCGCUGCAGUCUCUCUGUGGAGGAGACAUGGAGAAACCUAUAAAAGUUGAGUGUUACGACUAUGACAACGAUGGCUCGCAUGAUCUUAUUGGACUCUUUGAGACCACAAUGACGCGCCUCAAAGACGCAUCACGAACAUCUCCGGCAGAGUUUGAGUGCAUCAAUAGUAAAAAGAAACAAAAGAAGAAGGGCUACAAGAACUCUGGUGUUGUGAGCGUGAAGCUAUGCCAGGUGGUGAAGGAGUUUACCUUCCUGGAUUAUAUUAUGGGAGGUUCUCAAAUCAACUUCACUGUGGCCAUUGACUUCACAGGCUCCAAUGGGAAUCCCAAGUCUCCUCAGUCUCUGCAUUUCAUUAGUCCUCAAGGCGUUAAUGAGUACCUCUCUGCUAUCUGGUCCGUGGGCAAUGUUGUCCAGGACUAUGACAGUGACAAGAUGUUUCCUGCGUUUGGCUUUGGUGCUCAGAUUCCUCCCACAUGGCAGGUUUCCCAUGAGUUUCCUCUCAAUUUCAACCCAGCAAAUCCAUUUUGUGCUGGUGUUGAAGGUGUGGUUGAAGCCUACAGGAUAUGUCUGCCCCAGAUCAAACUCUUUGGCCCCACCAACUUCUCACCUAUCAUCAACCAUGUGGCCUGCUUUGCUAAGCAAGCCCUCCAGCAGACCACUGCAUCACAAUACUUUGUCCUCCUCAUCAUCACUGACGGAGUGAUCACGGACAUGGAUGAGACACGCAGUGCCAUCGUCAACGCCUCCCGUCUGCCCAUGUCCAUCAUCAUUGUUGGAGUAGGGGACGCGGACUUCAGUGCCAUGGAAUUCCUGGAUGGAGACAAUGGAUUUCUGCGGUCUCAAACUGGCGAGCUCGCCAUGCGAGACAUCGUCCAGUUUGUCCCAUUCAGACAGUUUAAAAAUGCUCCCCGAGAAGCGCUGGCAAAGAGUGUGUUGGCAGAGGUACCAGUUCAGCUGGUGGACUUUUUUAAUACCAUGAAGCUGAGUCCACCGAACUCCACCAAUCCUGCACCAAACCCUUCAGGGGCCAUCUGAUGGUGCAAGGAGGAAACCAGACACAGACCAGUCUCAUCUUCUGCAGACAAAAAGCAGAUCACCGCUUCAUCUCAUCAUGCAAUUAGGGCAAAUGUCCUUCCUACACUUUUUAACUCUUUUAUUUCAUCACCUUAGCCAAAGACACACACUCACACCCACCAUACACCAAACAUAAGCAAUACAGUGCCAACAUAGACCCAACUGUUAUUAGAUAUUAAAUUCCAAGUGUGUUAUUUUUUUAUUUUUUUUAUUUUUUUGUUAUUCACUACAAUUUCAAAAAGAUAACAGUCAUUCCAUUAUUUUGAAAGAAUAAGUCUAUGGGCAGGAAGUGGCACUCUAAAACCGAUGAACGGCUCAAGCUUCAAGGCUCAACAGCUCGUGUUCUUUCUGUAGUACUUACUGAAACUCUAUACCUAAUGAAAAACAACAUUCUUAUGACAGAUUCUUAUUUUUUUUAAUGCAUCAUAGGAGUAUGUAGUUUAUAACAUGCAUGAUGUUUACAGGCUCAGAGAAAUAGCUGCAGCACAGUUAUGUAACCGUAGUCUUGUAACUUUGUAGCUGCUGCUGCUUUGGCACAUGGAGCGUGCACUUGUAUAAAUGUUUAGUUAUGCUCUCCUAUGCACUCUGCUAUAAUAAUGUCAUGUAAUGCCAAACUGUGUCUUUUGUGAACCCAUGUAACCCCCAGAGCUUUUUGUAUUUUUGUUAAAGCAUGAAUCUACAAAGUGCUCUCACUAUUUGGCAUUGCCAAUUGUGGCAAUUACCUCUGGUUGCUUGGCCUUCAACAUAGAUUAGCAAAGACAUGAGGUUGUUCCCUCGGUAAGGACCAACAAGGAAGUAAUUUGUUCAAUGAAAUGGUCAAUGGCUUUUAUUUAGUCUCGGUUUCAUCUCUGGUGAGUAAACUGGUCUCAUAUGUUACUAUAUAUGAGCUUCAUAUAUCUACAUACAGCCCUGUUUAUUGAAAUCUAUGAAUAUUUACUACUAGUAUGUCAUCUGUUAAGUACUGCUUUUACAUGGUUAUACAACAAAAAGCUAUCAAACUUGUGUCAUGUUGUGUACUAUCUUUAGUGCUCUAACAGGAAUAUGUAAUGUACCUUGGUGUUAGCAUGCAGAAAAGCCAAUAAAGAACAUCUAAUUAAA